AUGGCGAAUAUAAAUAAGGAUGGAUACGUACAGCAGGAUGUAUUUCUUUCAUUAAUUUCCUCGGCGACUUCCACUACGAUGUUGAUUGAUGUACAUUAUGUAAUUCCAGGAGUCAACAAAGAGGAUGACCUGUCAUUAUCAGCUGCUAUAGUGGGCAGCAAUAAUACAUUGAAUAAUGUGAGAGGACAAGCGCAAAAGUGGGAGGGAGCGGUUGUAGAUGGGGAAUUAGGGGAAAGGAAAGACACGAGGCCUCACCAGGGAGUGAAAAAAUCGCCAAUUUAUAAUGAUGCGAUGCGAACACUGGAAAAAUAUCUGGCUUUAAAGGACGAGGGAUUGAAAGGGAAUAGAGAAGGAUAA